CAGAAAGCUCCAGCCAGUCGGGAAAGCUGGACGGAGAUGAAAUGAUGCCUGUAGGACGGACUCUUUAGUGUACAACACUGAGUAUGUGUAGGGUGGACUGGACUGCGACCCACGUCUCUCACGUAUGACGCUGUCUGCUUUCGGUAGCUUUAUCGUUUUUCUAAGUAUUCGUAAGGAUGGGAUUAAAUUGACCAUAACAGUGAAUGUUUUGCCUCGCUUUUAAAACGCUUUUCGCGAAUUGUGUCGUUUUAACGGCCUGUUGCAGUAUUUAUAUGUGACUGAUGACGGAACUGUAACUUGAAAUCGUGACCAGCGGUAUUCGUCGUCACUCUUCUAUAUUCAAUGAAACACGUUUGCAGCUACAACAUCGCUGCAAGCCUCAGGAGGUCCUGCGUGCUCAGUUGGUCUUAAAGGAGCCGUCAAAGCAGUACGAAAGGGUAAAAUGACUAUGUCCGUUCCAGAGAACAUAUCGGGGUCCGGGGGGAAAGAGGAGGAGAGUGAAGAAGAUGAGAGUGAAAUCUUGGAGGAAAGCCCCUGCGGCCGCUGGCAGAAGCGACGGGAGCAGAAGAAAGUCUUACUGGUUUGGAAUCACAUGAGGGUCAGUCAGGGAAAUGUCCCAGGCAUUGAGAGUGCGUACUUGGCCAUGGACACUGAAGAGGGGGUGGAGGUGGUGUGGAAUGAAGUGCAGUUUUCAGACAAGAAGGUUUUCAAGUCCUUUGAGGAGCGGAUACGAGAGAUGUUUGAGAACCUUAUGCAGGUGGAGCAUCCGAACAUCGUAAAAUUUCACAAGUACUGGCUGGACAUGAGAGAGAGCAGAGCGAGGGUGAUUUUUAUCACUGAAUAUAUGUCAUCUGGAAGUCUCAAGCAGUUUUUGAAGAAGACAAAGAAAAACCACAAAACUAUGAAUGUGAAGGCAUGGAAGCGUUGGUGCACGCAGAUACUUUCUGCACUUAGUUACUUACAUUCAUGUGACCCGCCCAUUAUCCACGGUAACCUGACCUGUGACACCAUCUUUAUUCAGCACAACGGCCUCAUAAAGAUCGGCUCAGUUUGGCACAGGCUGUUUGUAAAUGUAUUUGCUGAGGCGAUUCAUGGGAAUGUGCAUCAACAUCGAGAUGAAAUGCGGAACCAGCAUUUUUUUGCUCCAGAGUAUGGAAUUGCUGAAGAUGACUAUGCCAUCGAUAUAUUUUCAUUUGGUAUCUGUGCCUUGGAGAUGGCAGUAUUGGAAAUCCAGGCCAAUGGAGACUCUGCAGUUUUGAAAGAGGCCGUUGAUCAUGCUGGACAGUCACUUGAGGACCCUCUCAUGAGAGAAUUUAUCCAGUCGUGUGUACGCACAGAAGCCAAGUCGAGACCCACGGCUCAUGACCUGCUGUUCCACAGAGUGUUAUUUGAGGUCCACUCCUUAAAACUGCUUGCUGCGCAUUGCUUUAUCAAUAACCAGUAUCUCCUUCCUGAGAAUUGUGUAGAAGAGAAGACCAAAUCUUUUGACCCUAAUGGUAUCAUGGCAGAGAUUAAUCAUCGUGACCGACCUGGAGUCCAUCUAAAGUAUUCUCACGUAUCACCCCUGGAACUGGACAAAUUUCUUGAGGAUGUAAAAAAUGGCAUAUAUCCCCUGAUGAACUUUGCUUCCCAGCGGCCACAUCCUAUCCCCCGCGCUCUUUCUUUGUCGCAGGAACAGAUGGAGACUGUGAAGACCCCAACCCCAGAACCACAGGAGACUGAAACCAGAAAGGUUGUACAGAUCCAAUGUAAUCUGGAAUCAAAUGAGGAAGGCACAAGGAGUCAUCUCUCUCUCUUUUUAAAGAUGGAUGACAGACUUCACCGUCAGCUUAGCUGUGAUGUUUUGCCAUCUGACAGUCCCAAAGAUUUGGCUAGUGAGUUGGUUCACCAUGCUUUCAUCAGUGAGGAAGACUGCGAAAAGUUGGCAUGUUUUCUUGAGGAUGCAUUAUGUAAGCACUGGUCAGGGACGUCCACCUCCCCUACUGCCAUGGCUGUGAUGUACUAAGCCCAGCUGGUCCUAAAAUAGACAGACAGUGCUUGAAGACUGGGCCAGAGCUUGAGAAAAAGAGAGAGCAAAAGAUCCAGACUGACUAGAGGGAAAUAAGACCAAAAUGCAACAUUACACAAUGAAGGUCAUGACAAGAUGGCUUGAGAAUAAGCGAUGGGCCUGGGGAGAAAGCUCGUCACACAGCAUGAUACCUGCACAAACUCCAAAGAGCUCGAACUGUUUACUUAAAUCUUGAAGUUUAAAUUACUGAUGUCAUUUUACCAUGACGAAGAAAUACAUUUCCAUUACUUGCAGAGAUUCUGCCUUCAGUGCCAGCAUUUUGGGUUGUGAAAUUUUUUUUUUUAAAGACGAAUUAACGGAUUUUUAAAAACAUCUCUCCAAGUCAUCGUGUCUAUGGCAUUAUCCAUCCACAUCUAGCAAAGGAAAAAGUUUCACACAAACUGAUGAUUUUAGGUUGACAGAGCUUUGGGAACCUGAGGGAGGAGGCUAAGUGUCUAAGAAAUGUUUGCUGCUUCCCAUCAGGCAGUAUGAUUGGAGUACGUUUGUUCUAGACUUAAAUGUAUUAUUUAUUAUUUUAAACAAGUAAUACACGGUCUUGGUAUACAUGUUUAAAAGGAAAAUGUAUCAAAAUGUUUAAUUCUACAUUUCUAUAUUGUCUUAUUCUGUAUGCUUUAACAGGCUGACUUUGAGCAAACGAAUGUACGGUACAAUGACAAGUGCUCUUGUUAUAAUUAUAUUUCUUUUUCAACAUUUUUUUCAGACCCUCAACUUCAUUUCUUGCUCUUAAUAUGUGGAGUGAUUUAUACAUACAGAGUUUAGAAUGUCUCUGUUCUGAAUUGCUUCCGUGACACUAUGGUGAUCUCAAUAGCUUUACUCAUGCAGACGGUAAUGAACUUUGCAAAUAUUUGUAAACCGUGGCAAUAAUGCUAUCCUAGAAUGGUAUACUACCGUUUUAAAGUUUGGGGUCAGUGAGAUUUUUAUGUUAUGAAAGAAAUUAAUACUUUUAUUCCACAAGGAUGCAUUAAACUGAUCAAAAAUGACAGUAAAGACUUGCAUUGUUACAUAUGAAAUAAAUGCUGUUCUUUUGAACUUUCUAUUCAAGAAUCCUGAAAAAGAAAUUCACAGUUUACACACAAAUAUCAAGAAGCACAACUGUUUUCAACAAUAUAAUAAUAAGAAAUGUUACUUGAGCACCAAAUAAGAAAUCUUGAGCAUUCAGCUUUGCCAUCACAGGAAUAAAUGAUGUUUUAAAAUAUAUAACAAUAAUAUUUCACAAUAUUACUGUUUUUACUUUAUCUUUGAUCAAAUAAAUGCAGCCUAAGUGAAGUUCGAUCUGAUAUUUCCUCAUUUUUAAUCAAUAAAGCAGAAGAGCACUUCAUCCAGAUGACUUUUACCAAGAAAAAAAACUGAGUAGAACUCCAAAUCCAUUUACUUUUAUUCAUUUAGCAGACGCUUUUAAACAAAGCGACUGAUACAAACUCAAACAAUAAAUCCUAAAAGCAUUUUGAGCAGCUAAUAAUAGGUUCACUAACACAGGGGUCCUGUUCAUUAAUAACAGUGUUAUCAUGGGAUUUUUAUUUGCCUUCUUAAUGUGAAUAUGAGCUGAUCUUAGAUCAGCUGACUGCUCAGAGGUGUUUAACAUUUAUCUGUUUCUUUGUCUCAUACUGAUUAAUGCAUUAUGAUAACAUACAAUAAACUGACCAUUGACUGAAACAAAGGUUUGCUUUAAUAAAUCCCUCCUUUGGGUAUGAAGGGCUGUUAUUAUAUUAGGCAUUUACAUAUUACCACAGUAUGUGUAUAUUUUAUGUCAUGUAAAAUGAAUGAUACACUACUUUCUAUGUAUUCUACAUGCAAAUGAGAACUUGAACCAUGUCAAAGCCAAAUAUGUACUGGGUGCUGUGAUGGCAAGAAUGGGUACUACAUUGCAAAUACAACUUGUCCUGUAUUUGACUGACACUUGCAUAUUCUGUGAAAACAACAUCUAUGUUGCCAUGCUGUCCAGAGCAAUAGUAUCUAUUUUAGGGAUGCUUUCAGUACUGUGCUCUCCAAUGGCUUUGACUUCCCAAUAUCCCUUAACGAUAUAUAUGCAUGUCAGGAAAAGAAUGCUUUGACAGCAUUUGUCAUUUUUGUUAUAUUGGCAUGGAUGUAUUGCAGCUUUAGAAAACCAUUGCAAGAGAUUUCUAAUCUCCAUUUAUUCUUGCAAAUUCAAAUGAUUCAGAACAUCAGUCAGAAAAAAACAGUCACCAUCUUCCCAGUGUUAUUAUAAGACUCAAAUGUCUUGCAAUGUGAUUCAUUUGUAUGUAUAUACGAGAGAUAUAUGAAUGUACAGUGAGCAGCUUUUAAAAUGUACUCUUCCUAAUUCCUGGUCUCCUUUCUCAUCUGAAUCAAAUGCAUUAACCAGACUUCUGUUUUGGGCAAUUUUAUUUUAUUUUUUUGUGAUGAAGUUGUAUACUGUGACAUGAAAUACUAUAACAUUAAAAUAUAUUAUUAAUACUUUAA